AUGGCCCUCGGGCCUUCCUCCCCAGCCUGGGGAUGGAAGGUCAGGCUGGACGAGCUGCAGGCAGUGCUGGCUUUUGGGGAAGGUAAGGCGGAUACCAGGGGCCUGUCUUGGACUGAGCAUCAGGCCCUCUCCCGGCAAAUACGAAACCAGGUCUCCCUGUUGGAGGAACUGGCGGGGGGGAUGUCUAGGAAGCUUACAGCAUGGAAAAGGGAAGUGGGGGUCCCCCAGGGAGCUACGGCCCACACCAGGGCCGAUAUCCAGCUGCUCUCUGGGCUGCUGGCUGAGUGCCGUGAACUUGCCAGCAGUGGCCUCCACUUCCUAGAACAGCCCCCCCCGUCCCUGGAGGUGGGAGAGGGUACCGAGGAGGAGGUAGUCCCUGAGACCCCCCCUGAGGUGGCUAGUGCCAGCAAGGCCCCUCAGGCCUCCCUCACCUAUGCUGAGGCUGCAAAGGGUGAGGGGGUUGAGGCUAGGGUCUUUAUGGGGCUACCUUCUGACAGGCUCCGGGGUCUGCUUGUGUCCCUGAAGGCCCAGCAUGCCGAGGCAGACUCGGGCCUAGCUGGGGUCCAGGCAGAGCUAAGGGAGCAGAGGGAAAAAUCAAACAGGACCUCUAAUUACAAAAGAGGUCCUUUGAGGGCCGCUAUAGCUGAGAAAAAAUUAGUGGAGCAGCAUCUAUCCUACACCCUGCUCCAGACUGAAAAGAAAAUAGCAGACAUCCAGGCCAUCCUGCAACAGAGAGCCAAGGACGCUGCGAGGUCCAGGAGGCAGAGGGCUAUGGAGGGCAGGAGGGACAUGUCCCCAGGUGAGGAGUCCAGCAAGGACUUGGAUUCCAACUCCCAUCACUCACCUGGGGAGCCGUCUACCUCUGCCCUUGCUACUCCAGGGGGCACUGCUGAGACGGAGGGGAAGGCCAGAGAGAAGGACAGUGAAGAGGAGUGGGACGGAGAGAAAGGUGAAGAGUGGCAGCUGAAAGUGCAGGACAGAGGUCGAGGGCUGAUUAAGGAGUCUCUCCUCAAGUUUGGAAACGAACUUGGGGAGGACUCCGUAAAGGACAAAAAGAAGAAAAAGAAGAAAAAGAAAAACAUCGCCCGGCGUCAGCCUGAGACCUCUGUCAGGGGGUCUGGAGAUUCCACAGAGGAGGGUGAGUGCUCAAAUGCUGAGUAUAUGUACAAUGAUGAUGUUCAGGCCUUGCAGAAGCCUGGGGCCAGGGAUACUAACCCUGCAGGUGGCAACACCUGUAUGCCCCAGAAACCUGCACAACCUGCCUCUGUGGAAGUAUCUGGGCCCCCCGCCGCCCUCCAUGGUGACAGGGAGACCAUCCCCGCCGGUACUAUGGCGUGUACCGGUGAUCCCAUGGAGGGGUCCUUCCCUUGCUCCCUUCCCACUCCCUCCCUUACCUGCCUUCCCUCUGACCUUCCUCUCCGUGUGGUUGCGUCCCCUGGAGUGGCUGGUACCUCUGCCUCCUGUCCUCAGGCGGCUGCUGGGCAGGAUGGCACUGGAUGGAGCAGUCUGGAGCAGGGUGAUGGCCCUCCUUUUCCCUCUGCUCCCUUGGAGCAAGCUCGACUGCUCUCCCCUACCAGCAAGUCUCCUCCCCUGUUUGUCCCCCAGUCUGUUUCCCUGGAUGUGUCCAAGUUUGUCUUCCAGUCUGUUCCCCCUGCUUCCCUAUGUGUUCCCCUUAUGUCUGCAUGUGUAACCAGUCCCCCUGUUGUUCCUGUUGUUCCUGCCCCGGGUGCCGCUGGCGCUAUGGAAGACAGGACUGCAGGGGACUCCCAUCAUCCUCAGCCAGCAGUCCAUACUGAGGAAACCGCCAGUGGAGGUAAGAAAAGUAUGACUAACAUUGUGUUUGACUCCACUGGUGGUUUAGGGAUGGCUGAAGAGGAUGGGAGUAUGGAUGUAACUGUAAAUGUAAUGAUGGGACCUAUUGGCCUUAGUAAAAAGGUCCACAGCCAGCCUGUUUGUAUUAAUGAUGUUGCCCCUGCCCCUGGUGUUGUUGCCCCUGCCCCUGGUGUUGUUACCCCUGCCCCUGGUGUUGUUGCCCCUGCCCCCGGUACUAUUGCCCCUGGUGUUGUUACCCCUGCCCCUGGUGUUGUUGCCCCUGCCUCUGGUUAUGUUGCCCCCGCCCCCGGUACUAUUGCCCCUGCCCCUGGUUAUGUUGCCCCCGCCUCAGGUUAUGUUGCCCCUGCCCCUGGUUCACUGGAGUUAGUUGGUACACAGGUGGCGGGCACGAGCACGGGCACAGGCACCCUGACAAAGGGUGCCGCGGUUAUAAAUAGUUUAGACGCACAAGCAGGUACACGGGUUCCCCUUAGGCACUCCCAGGUUGUCACCCAGGGUUCUGGUGUGACCGAGGCCUCUGGUUCAGCGAGGGGAGUCCGUCCGAAUCAUUCCCAGACGGCGGGUCCCGGUGCGCCCAAUGCUUGGGCAUCUGGGCCACCUCGCCUCUCUGCGGACGGGCCUGCUACGCGUCCUCAGGUUUCCUUUGGGAACAGGAGGAACGUGGUACGGCUCAUCUGUGGGGGUGAGACCCAGGUGCCUGACAGACGGUGGCUGGUGACCCGGCUAAAGGAUAUGGGAUUUGCGCCCGUGGACCUGUACGCGCUCAUCCAUGCCUCGGGCACCCGGGAGUUCGACGUCUCCUUUAUGACGUCGCAGCUCCUGGAUCGCUUCUGGGCUGGGUGGGAAGCGGCCAGGUCUGCACAGGGUACAAAGUGGGCAGGAUUCACCGCUGUGGCCAUUUCUCGCCAGGGUCUUAAGAAGGUCACUUUCCUGGUGAGAAAUGAAUCCAUCCCCAUAGCAGACAUCCUUGUUUGGACUAAGAGGUUUGGGGAUGUUAAAUCCCCCCCCUGUUAA